AUGGCUGGCACCUGGGAAUCCCAACAACCACAGCCGGCUUCGACCCCUCAGGUCAAGUUCGAGCCCUCGCCUACCGAGUCGCUCAUGUCGGCGCCUGGCGAGAUGUACCCAUCCCUCUUCGCAACCUCGACCGACAUGGACCUCGAGAGUGUCAUGACCCCCGAGUCAUUCGCCGACGAUCACAACGGCUCCGAGAUGGGCUCCACGCCCGCCCCCGAGUCCGGCGAGAAGAAGACAAAGAAGAGAAAGUCGUGGGGCCAGGUCCUUCCCGAGCCCAAGACCAACUUGCCUCCGAGAAAGCGAGCCAAGACCGAAGAUGAGAAGGAGCAGCGUCGCGUCGAGCGAGUCCUCCGGAACCGUCGUGCCGCCCAGUCCUCCCGAGAGCGUAAGAGACAAGAAGUCGAGGCUCUCGAGGCGAAAAACGCAGACCUCGCGGCCGAGAACCGCAUCUUGCGGGAACAGCUGAACAAGCUCCGAAGAAACUCGGGAGCUAACAGUCACAGCCCAUCACUCCUAGAGGGCUUGCAACCUUCGCCAGUCACACUAUCCCAGCCCCUGUUCGGCCCCCUCGACGGAGCCUCGCAGGCUCGGCCUGGUAUGAUGAACGACUUCAUCCUCAUGCCCGAAGAAUCCGAGCAACAGGACGGUACUGUCGAUCCUGCCUCAUUGUCCCCCGAGUUGAACCCCAUCUCCGAUGUCGACAUCAAGACCGAAAGCAAUAACUUGGCCACCUCUUCCGCGGCUACAUCCUCCGACGUGACACAACAUCCAGCAGCGGUGUUGUGCGACCUGCCGUCUUCAAACACUGUUGAUGGCCUCUUCGGUCAUGAUUUCAGCCUGUCGUCGUCCUUUGACGCUGAUAACUGGGGCGCUCAAGACGAAUUUAGCCCUUCAGCCGACCCCCUGGGUUUUGAGUACAAUCAUCUGGCUAGUGACACUACCCCCGAAUUUCCGGAAUUCGACUUCGAUCAUUUCCUCAGCGACGACGUUAGCGGCGCCGCUCCAGGCGCAACCGCGGGGACCGACUCGGUCGCCCAAGAUCUCGACUCCACUUUCGGCCUCUUCGACUCUGAGACUCAAGUCCCUUCAGAAGCUUUUAACCAGCAGCCCCAUAUUGGCGCGUCCACUCGUGGAUGCGACGAUGGGGUUAUUGCGGUUGGUGUCUGA